UUUCAUCGCCAUCACUUACCGCCGGAGAUAUCAACACAUAAACGCUGACGGCCACACAGCAACGUAGAAUCGUUGUUCUCGUUCAUCGCUCCCUAAAAAAUUCACGGAGAUGGCGAUGAGCCGAUGACAGCCACCUCUGCAGUGUAAGCCAAUUUGAAGCAAAGCUUUUCUCUUAACAGUCAUCUAAAUGUACACCCCACUUCUCCAAAUCCACCCAACCACCAAUUUCGCAUCCCAUUCACACUCUUCUCAAAAUCCCCUUAUCUUCUUCAUUCAUCAUUCUCAAUUUCCCCAAACCCCAAACAUUCCUAAGCAUACUUAUUCAUCCCUUUCUUACAACCGAAAAACCCUGUUUAAAACCCGUAUCAAAUGUACAGAAAAUAGCGAUUCUAAUCCACCAAAAUGGGAGCGACUGUUACCAAAAAAUAUUAUCUCAGCUGAGAAAAUCCUCAGGUCGAUUGCAGGGGCAACUUCUAGUCCAAUUUGUCAGUUCAUAUCUUCACCCACUACUUUCUUGCACUCCGUGGAUCCCAGAAUAAAACUGGCAUGGCUUCUUGUGUUAGUUGUUUUACCUGCAAGAUCUCAUAUAUACAUGCGUUUUGGAUUAAUCUCUUUUCUUGCUCUAUUGUCUGCAUGGAUACUACCAAGACAAGUUUGGAUGGAUCAACUAGGAAGAGUUGCCCUGUUAUCUGGGAUUCUGUUCAUAAUGUUAGGGUUAGGUGCAGAUAGUGUUCCCAUGGUUGUCCAAUCAAGAACCCCACCACCUUCAAUGAUGGGAUUACCAAAUAUUCCACCAUCUUUUCAAGGUUAUUCAUAUCUACUCUUCAAAUUAGGACCUUUUCAACUUACAAGAAAAGGAUUAUCUGUAGCUAGCACAUCUGCUUGCUUAACCUUCACUAUUUUUCAAAGUGCAAGUCUUUGUUUGACAACUACUACACCAGAACAACUAGCAUUUGCUUUACAAUGGUUUAUGAAGCCUUUGGUGUAUGUUGGUGUCCCAGUUGCUGAAGUUAUUCUUACUCUUCUUCUAUCAUUGAGAUUUAUCAACCUAGUCUUUGAUGAGGUUCGGAUUGUUGCAUUGGGAAUUGUAUCACGGAGGAUAAAUUGGAAACAACUGGCUACUAUGGAGACAGUCGAAGUUUUUUUUACGUACAUUCGUCGGAUCUUCAAAAAUAUUUUUAAUCAUGCGGAGCAGAUAACCCAGGCAAUGAAUGUGAGAGGGUUCAGGGGUGACUGCAACUCCCACAAAAUUUACUUCUCAUCGGCUUCUUCCUCAACAAUCACAAAUAUUGUAUCCAUUAUCACACUAAUUGGACUUAUAGCUGCUGCUGCUUUCUCUGAAUAUAUGUUUGUCUGAAGGGAUUCAGCAAUCAUCAAUAUCUGUAUAUUUGCACUUUAUUCUCCA